UCAUACCUUUUAACCUUGUCAUUUUCUAGUCUAACUCUCAUUCAACUUGUUGGCCCCUACUUAUCAAAAACUUAAUGAUAUUCACAGACAGAAGCAGCUGCUUUUACGUUGAUUGGCAUAUCAGGUCCGACGUGCACACGUCAAAAUCAAUAGCGUGACCAUGCAGCGUGGUAGAACAUAUAUUUGGACACAGUUGACGACCCCGUACUCUAGAUCGUACUUGACACAUGCUUCCAUUUGAACAGUAUUGAUUCAAACUUCAGCACCAAAGAUGAGGGUUCUUCUGUUAUUCCUAAUGACCAUACUUCUACAGAACCACAAAGGCUCUGAUGCUGCCGACUCUUUAAGAUCAACCCAGAAAAAGAACCAAUGGUUUAUUGAUGGUGUCGACAAAUUGAACAAGCUGUUGUCCCAGAAGCCCAAUCACAAUCCAGCAAAGAACGUCAUCCUGUUCGUCGGAGAUGGCUGUGACAUCAAUACCAACACCGCUGCAAGGAUACUAAAGGGACAACAGAACGGCAAGAAAGGUGAAGAGGGGUAUCUGUCGUAUGAAGAGUUUCCAUAGACUGGUUUGUCGAAGACGUACAAUACAAAUCGACAAGUUCCUGACUCGGCCGGUACGGCUAAUGCUCUCUUUACUGGAGUCAAGACUA